AUUACACUUUAUUCCUGAGAAGUUACAGGUCAGUGUCUGUCUGUUGUUGUACGAACGACCAGUCACACAGACCGGAAGUAGAGUCUACUCGAAAAGAAGAAGUUCUUGACGCUCAACCGCAGAUUUGUCACGGACGAUUUUUAAAAAAAUUUAAAUAAAGUUUGUAAAAAUAGAACUUCUAAAUAAUGAGUGUAUGGAACUUAAGCAGCAAAUUUAACACGAUGACUUCCUGUCACGUGCUGCUGCUCCUCAGUCUCUUCAGCCUCUCGUCAGGGCUGCGGGUUCAAAACUCAUACAUUUCCAAAGUUCCCUUCCUCACGGUGUGGAACGCUCCCACCGGUGCCUGUCUCUCUAGAUAUGGCGUGGACCUGGACCUGGGGACGUUCAACAUCGUCCAAAACCAGAACCAGACGUUUAUGGGUGACAACAUGACCAUCUUCUAUUCUAACAAGCUGGGCUUCUACCCCUGGUACUCCAGCUUCAAAAACCCUGUCAAUGGUGGAGUCCCCCAGAACGCCAGUCUGGACCGACACCUCAGAGCCGCCUGCGAUGAUAUCCGCACCGACAUUCCUGACGGGGAAUUUGAGGGCCUCGCCGUGGUGGACUGGGAGAGCUGGAGACCUGUGUGGGAGAGAAACUGGGACAGUAAACAGGUGUACUGGGAGGCUUCCAGAGCACUGGUCCGGGCCAAGCACCCAGACUGGACCGCUGCACAGGUGGAGGCCGAGGCUCGGGCUGAGUUUGAGGACGCAGCCAGGAAGUUCAUGCAAGAAACUCUGAAACUGGGGCAACAGGAGAGACCCGACGGGCUGUGGGGCUUUUAUGGCUUUCCUAACUGCUACAACUAUUACUCCCCAAAAACAAACUACUCAGGAGAGUGUCCGGCCGACGAGGUGACGAGGAACGACCAGCUGCUGUGGUUGUGGAACACCUCGUCUGCUCUGUAUCCUGACCUUUACCUCGGCCUGGACCUCCGAGGCCUCAGCACCGAGGUCCGUCUCUACACCCACCACCGCAUCCUGGAGGCCCUGAGGGCGGGGGCUCGGGCCGCCCCGUCCACACCACUGGUGUUUCCCUAAACUCGCAUCGUCUACACCUACACACUGGAGUUCCUCUCCUUGGAACAUCUGGUCUACACUGUUGGAGAGAGCGCAGCGCUGGGAGCUGCAGGGGUCGUCCUGUGGGGGGACGGCAGCUUCUCCAAGUCCAAGGCUGCUUGUGAGGCGGUCAAACUCUACGUGGACCAAACCCUGGGCUCCUACCUGGUCAAUGUGACGUCCGCGGCCUCGCUCUGCAGCCAGGCUCUCUGCUCGUCUCAGGGCCGAUGUCGGAGGACGGACCCCGGUUCCAGGACCUACCUGCACCUGGACCCGGCUGCGUGGAAGGUGACGUCGGAGGAGGAGUCGGGUGGACGGUCCCACUACAGAGUAUCUGGUCAGAUGAGUCCACGGCAGGUGACGUCCAUGAAGUCCAGUUUUCAGUGCGUGUGUUUCCCAGGCUGGUCUGGUGAGAGCUGCUCCAGGUCAGACCCGGUCUGAGACUCGGUCUGAGACUCGGCCUGAGACCCGGUCUGAGACUCGGUCUGAGACUCGGUCUGAGACUCGGUCUGAGACCUGGUCUCUGUUUGUUCAUUUCCUAAUUAGUCCGUCUCUUAACGACCGGUGUUCAUCAAUUUCAAUGUUUCUUUAUUUUCAUAUUUACUAAGAAAAGUGUUUUCUAUAUGAAUUAAAAUGUUUCACAUUACA